CUCAUAUCAUAGCAUAACGUGUAUGUUGUGUCUGUAGGGUGCAUUUUGCAGGAAUGUCUUCAAAUUUGCGAUGUGUGGUUUUGUUCCAUUUAGGCAUCUUCUCGUGACCAAACUGGGUGGUUUUUAAAGCAUAUUGUCACACCCAGUGCAAACACUGACAAACAAAAUAUUUUCUCAAAUAUUUGAACAGGAACCGUGAUGUUGUAUGAUCAGCUAGAUUCCUAGAACAUAUCGACUGAAUAGACAGAAUUCCAUCCCUGUAAUCGCAAUAAGCUACGGGUCACUCUUCUUCGCGGUUGUUUGUCAUAGUCUAAUGUAGGCUACAUAUCAUGUCAGUGUGGAGUAUUACGUUAAACGACAUUAAAGCCUGGGAUACGAUUCGCGUAUGUUCCUCCUCUGAACGAAAUUUGUUGAUAGGCCCAAGCCUGCAAUACCGCGAGUGCGCCUGUAUGCGAUGCGGUGGGGGAAACGGGCGAGUGGAAUUGGACAGAAAUCGACCAAGAGGUAAUAAACUCAUCCCAACUGAAAUUGCAGCUCUCACAAAGUUCCGGAAAAGAUCCAUCUUAAAGAUUAAUCCCAUCCCAUGGUGGCUGAACUCAGGAGCACCUGAGGGAAACAAGCGGAAGACAGUGAUAGAGGGGCAACGGUUCAGCUGUCCUUUUACCACUGCAUCAUGGGUAACUUCGGAAGUAAGGAGGUUCCUGCCGAAGAUUUGUUCCAUUCCCUCCCUUCCUCUCCAAUCACCGCAACAUUUCAGGGGGCACCCCUGCCUCUAGCCUCCUCCCCCAAGAAGCCAGACAGUUUAAAGCUAAGGAGUCCAAGGGGAUCGUAUAAGGAACGUAACCCCCACAUCCCGAAUUCCACUUUCGCUGUAACCUCGAAGAAUGGCGCCCAGCCCAACCAGACAGGAAGUGAUGGGGACGGUAGCCCCGGUAGCCCUUCCUCCUCUGGACAUUGCCCCAUCUCCAGCCCCCUCUCAGAGCCGGACCAAGUGGAUGGUGGACAGAAGCCAUUGGCAGCAGUGAGGAACAGGAAGGAAGGCGGACAUGAGGACACGCGGGGGGAUGUAUCUGCCCUGAAGAGGCUGCUGCAAGAGUGCAGGACAACUCUGGAUUUGACUCCUGACGAUGAUGAGAAUGGGGCACAGGGUGCUGCAGACCUGCUGAGAUGUAUCCUUGUGGAAAGAGGGGAGCUGGUGAAGGAAGUUCAGAGCCUAAAGGAGACCAUGAAGUUAGAGCGAGCCGAAUGGCUGCAGUUCCAGUCCGACCUGCAGGUGGCAGUGUCAGUGGCGGACCGGCUGCACCUGGAAGCACAGGAGGAGCUGGAGAAGCUGCAGCAGGCCCAGGAGGAGAAGGAGCAGCAGCUGGCCGCCGCGCGACAGAGCCAGCUGAGGGCCGAACGGGAGCUGGAGGCCACGAGAGCGGAACUGGAGGAGACCCGCCGGAAACUCGCCGCAGAGGUGGAACUCAAAGGGCUGCAGGGCGGGGCGCGGACCGGCCAGGUGGCGGGGGGAGGGUCUGCCGUGGCAAUUACUACGGACGGGAGCGACAGCAGGGAAGGGAGUAGUGGCGAGGCAGAGACCAGUGGGGGAGAGGGGCCGGUUGUCGAGGAACCACAGGUGGAGGGGAAUGGGGCGGCGGAGGCAAGCCUUCAGAACACAGCGUCCGAGGAGAAGGGGAGGAGCUCGCCCUCUGGAACCAGGGCAGCAGAACACACCAGGGGCCUUUCCAGACUUCCACUGCUCUCCUCCAUCUCUACCGUGAAUGGUAUCUUCCAGCCUGCUGCUACGAUAUCGCCCGGUUCACUCAGCAAGAACUGGAGCGCAACCAGGGGGAAGAAAGCAGACCCAGCCUUAGAAGGACAGGAGAGUGGAUCCACUGGUAAACGGGAGGAGGUGGAACCUCUCAAGCACAAUGCCACUCCCACGGACGCACCCCAGAAGGCCAGCAGGGCUCAGGAUGGUUUCAACUUGCUCCUGCGUCGCCAUGGCGGCUCAAAGAGAAACUCUCUCCUGCGCUGGUGUCAGAGUCGCACACAGAGCUACAAGAACAUUGAUAUCACCAACUUCAGUAGCAGCUGGGCUGACGGGCUGGCCUUUUGUGCGGUGUACCACACAUACCUGCCCUCUGUCAUCCCUUACUCCAGCCUGUGCCCUGCAGACAGGAGAGAAAACUUGGGCCUGGCGUUCCGGACAGGAGAGAGUGUGGGGAUCACAUCCUCACUGACAGUGGAUGAGGUGUUGAGAAGGGGAGGCCCUGACUGGCAGAGGGUUCUGGGAUACGUGGAGAGCAUCUACCGCCAUUUUGAGAUGGGAAGGAGGUAUGAUUUCAUCAGACCUGGACAGAGACAUGAGGGUCAUCGCCGGGCAGAAAGUUGUCACUGCCUUGUUUCGUCCAGCCCAGCUGUGGCAAGGGGUAGGCAGAGACUUCACAGCUGAAGAUGAUGUCAUUUCCUGUGUGGUUCACCAGGUCUCUUGGGUUGCGUGUCAACUUUGGAGCUGAGGACGGCAGCAAGAGCACCAAUCACUGUGGAAGCAUCCAUGAUAACAGUAGAGUAACAACCAAUCAGAUCAGGAUAGAA